AGUAGAGAUUGAAGAUUUUGAAUAUGAUGAAGAACUGGAAACAUAUUUUUAUCCUUGUCCAUGCGGCGACAGGUUUCAGAUAACUAAGGAAAAUUUCCAAGACGAAGAAGAAGAAAGAGAGACUGAAAGAAAGCCUGUUCCUAAGUUUGUCAACUAAAACUAGAAGAUAAUGGUUGGACGAGGAAGGGGCCGUGGUUCCCAGCUGACAGGAGUAGAGCAGCUGGGCUUUGGCGUUGGGGAGUCAAUGCCAACUCCUGUGCUGCAGCCGCCACCUCUGUACCCACCACUGGAGAAUAGACCUGUGCCCCUCAGAUGCACUCCAGAAGAUGAGUACUGUGUGGAAUUGCGGAGAGAUUUCAUCGAAUGCUUGCACGACUCUCCUGCAUACCUUGUGGCACAGACAGUUCGCUCUGACAUCGAACGCUACUCGGAUCGUUACCAAGCGGCUGUGUCAAGUAAGUCGAAGCAGCAGCCGCUUACUUUUCCCACUUCUCACCUUCCCUUGGAACUGAGGCCUGUCGUAAAAGACAAAGCAAAACGAGAAAAGGCGAAGAAAUCGAAUGCUACUUCAGGAGCGUCAAAGGCUGUUGACAUAACUACGAGGUUAGAAGAACUAGAAAAGACAGAAGGUCAGCUAGGAGAUGCAGAAGAGGAAGAAGAACAGAAGGAAUCUGAGGAAAAGGAUGCAGAUGAUGCGGAAGACAAAGAUGAAGAGGAGAUUGAAGACCCCGAUGAGGAAAUGGACGAUGGAACAGAUUAUGCAAAUAAUUAUUUUGACAAUGGGGAGGGCUAUCUAGAUGAUGACGAUGACAAUUUGGAGGAUGGGCCUGUAUAUUGAUGUGUAAAUGAAUGUAAAUAGUGUGAUAGGUUUUUAUCAUGUAAAUAUGUAACAUACAACAUAAUUGUAAUGGCUUUCAUUGCCACUUGUUGACAAAUUGUGUGAUGGCUUCUGUCUUGGGGUUCUUUGGCCAAUGUUUGAUUAAUUAUUUUUGUAAUGUUUGGAGGGUGAAGCUAUGAGACUGCCAGCCACUCAUGCUGGCGAAAAAUCAUAAAAAUCUUCAAACGGACGUCGCCCAAAGGACCUGAUUCAGAAGCCACAGGCAAUUUGCCAUUCCCCACAGAUUAAAGAAUCAAUAUAAAAAAUUGAUUGUUUGUGUGUAUAUU